CGCCGACUCCGGAAGCGGGCGCGGGCAGCAGCGUGCACGUGUGGCAGCCGCGAUGAAGUUCGCCUACCGGUUCUCCAAUUUGCUGGGUACAGUUUAUCGGCGUGGAAACCUAAAUUUCACCUGUGAUGGAAAUUCUGUUAUCAGCCCUGUGGGGAAUAGAGUGACUGUGUUUGAUCUUAAGAACAACAGAUCUGACACAUUGCCCUUGGCCACUAAGUAUAACAUCAAGUGUGUGGGGCUGUCACCAGAUGGUCGCCUUGCCAUCCUUGUUGAUGAAGGGGGCGCUGCGCUGCUGGUCAGCCUGGUGUGCAGGUCCGUGCUGCACCAGUUCCACUUCAAGGGCGCCGUGCACAGCAUCUCCUUCUCUCCUGAUGGCAGGAAGUUCGUAGUCACUAAGGGCAAUAUCGCUCAGAUGUACCAUGCCCCUGGGAAGAAGCGAGAAUUCAACGCAUUUGUUCUGGACAAAACCUACUUUGGGCCAUAUGAUGAGACCACAUGCAUUGACUGGACAGAUGACUCCAAGUGCUUUGUGGUUGGAAGUAAAGACAUGUCCACCUGGGUGUUUGGAGCAGAGCGUUGGGACAAUCUCAUCUACUACUCUCUGGGGGGACACAAAGAUGCCAUUGUGUCCUGCUUCUUUGAGUCCAACAGCCUGGAUCUGUACUCGCUCAGCCAGGAUGGAGCCCUGUGUGUGUGGCAGUGUGACACACGCCCUGAGGACCUGAGGCUGAAGGCCCCCACAGGUUGGAAGGCUGACCUGCUACAGCGGGAGGAGGAGGAAGAGGAGGAGGAGGAAGAGGAGAGUGAACGAGAGACCACCAUCCGGGGGAAGGCCACCCCAGCCGAGCAGGAGAAGAAGGGAAAAGUGAAGUACUCGCGGGUGGCUAAGCACUUCUUCAAUGAAGAAGGGGAUUUUAACAACUUGACGGCUGCCGCAUUUCACAAGAAGACUCAUCUCUUAGUCACUGGUUUUGCUUCUGGAAUCUUUCAUCUGCACGAGCUCCCAGAGUUCAACCUCAUCCACUCCCUGAGCAUCUCAGAUCAGAGGGUCAAUUCGGUCGCCAUCAACAGCUCCGGGGACUGGAUCGCCUUUGGCUGCUCAGGCCUGGGCCAGCUGCUGGUGUGGGAGUGGCAGAGCGAGUCCUACGUGCUCAAGCAGCAGGGUCACUUCAACAGCAUGGUGUCGUUGGCCUACUCCCCUGACGGGCAGUAUAUCGUCACUGGUGGGGACGAUGGCAAGGUCAAGGUGUGGAACACCCUCAGUGGCUUCUGCUUCAUCACCUUCACGGAGCAUUCCAGUGGGGUCACUGGUGUGACAUUCACUGCCACUGGCCAUGUCAUCGUCACCUCGUCUAUGGAUGGCACUGUGCGAGCCUUCGACCUUCACAGGUACCGAAACUUCCGCACCUUCACGUCUCCACGCCCCACACAGUUCUCCUGUGUGGCCGUUGACUCGAGCGGGGAGAUCGUCUCUGCAGGGGCACAGGACUCUUUUGAGAUCUUUGUGUGGUCCAUGCAGACAGGCAGGCUUCUCGAUGUGUUAUCUGGCCACGAAGGGCCCAUCAGCGGUCUGUGUUUUAACCCAAUGAAGUCCAUCCUGGCCAGCGCCUCCUGGGACAAGACAGUGCGCUUGUGGGACAUGUUUGAUAGUUGGAGGACCAAAGAGACCCUGGCCUUGACCUCCGAUGCCCUGGCUGUGACUUAUCGGCCUGAUGGUGCGGAGCUAGCUGUGGCCACACUGAAUUCACAGAUAACUUUCUGGGACCCUGAGAAUGCUGUGCAGACAGGCUCCAUUGAGGGCAGGCAUGACCUCAAGACGGGCAGGAAGGAGCUGGACAAGAUCACAGCCAAACACUCGGCCAAGGGCAAGGCCUUCACCACUCUGUGCUACUCUGCGGACGGCCAGAACAUCCUGGCAGGGGGCAUGUCCAAGUUCGUAUGCCUCUACCAUGUCCGCGAGCAGAUCCUGGUGAAGAGGUUUGAGCUCUCCUGCAACUUCUCUCUUGAUGCCAUGGAGGAAUUUCUGAACCGAAGAAAGAUGACAGAGUUUGGCAACCUGGCGCUCAUUGAUCAAGAUGCUGGGGAGGAGGAUGGUGUUGCAAUUCCCUUGCCAGGCGUGAAGAAAGGUGACAUGAGUUCGCGACACUUUAAACCUGAAGUUAGAGUGACAUCACUGCGCUUUUCUCCCACUGGGCGCUGCUGGGCCGCCACUAGCACGGAGGGGCUGCUCGUCUUCUCCCUGGACGCCCAGAUGCUCUUUGACCCAUUUGAGUUAGACACGAGCAUCACCCCCGGGCGGAUUCGUGAGGCGCUUCGGCAGAAGGAGUUCACCCGUGCUAUCCUCAUGGCCUUCCGGCUCAAUGAGAGGAAGCUGGCGCAGGAGGCCCUGGAGGCAGUGCCACCGGGCGAGAUUGAGGUGGUCAGUGCUUCUCUUCCUGAGCUGUAUGUAGAGAAAGUGCUCGAGUUCCUGGCCUCUUCUUUUGAAGUGUCCAGGCACCUGGAAUUUUACCUCCUGUGGACCCAGAAGUUGCUCAUGUCACACGGACAGAGGCUGAAGUCCAGGGCAGGGCAGCUGCUGCCUGUGGUGCAGUUCCUUCAGAAGGGCCUCCAGCGACACCUGGAUGACGUGGCCAAGCUCUGUGACUGGAACCGCUACAACAUUCAGUACGCGCUGGCAGUGUCCAAGCAGCGGGGCAUGAAGCGCACACUGGAGCCUUUAGAGACAGAGGCGGAUGCAGAGGCGUCUGAUGAGGACAGUCUGCACCUGCUCGGGAGAGCCGAGGACGGAGACGACGGGGGGCUGCUGUAGAGUGCAGCCGCACUGGUCCCCGAGCACCGAGCACCUCGGGCCCACAAUGGGGAGCAGCCGGAAUGCUAUGCGCAGCGCUACCGCAGAGGCCUCCUGUGAGAACUGCACGGGCGCCGUCAGGGCAGUCAGCUGACUGGGUGUCCAGGACUCGGUGGUCAUGAUGGGCACAGGUAUGCCCGGGAUGUUGGUGGAUCAUCCUACAUACGCCUGUUCUAAGUGGUGGGCAGUCUCACCUGUAUGGACUUGGAAACUUUGUGUCAGAGUUAUUUAUAUAUGAAUGUAUAUAUUUUUUU